UAACACAAAAAUUCUCUCCACGAUUUCUACCCACUAAAUUAGCGUCUCCCUCCCUAAAUCUUCGGCCCUCUGCAUUUAACCUCCCACCGCACGUCCGCAUUCCCCGCCUCCGGCACUCCGCGGUUCCUUUCGCACAUAUAAUCCCCGCGCUCUAAAUGCAUUCUCUGUCGGAGAAGAUCCUCCAAAACUACUACUACGGCGGCCAUCACAACGACGACGGCGAGAUCAAUAAGAAGUCGACCGCCAUCGGGAAGAAGAAGUACAAGGGGGAGGAAUUAGGGUGGAAAAGAAAGGGCAAAGGACGUGACAAGAACCAUAAUAAACACAUAUGGUUCCUGUCAUGUGGUAGACAGCAAUCUCUAAUAGAUUAUUAUUCGGUGGAAUUGGUCAACGGCGGCGUCGGAGGAGGAGGAGGAGGAGGGGAUCGUUCGUCUUCGGUGAAAGCUUCGGCGAUGGAAGAUGAUCAUCAGAGAGAUGGGUCGUUGUUGUCGUCGUCGUCUUAUGCGCCUUCCUCGACGACGACGGCGUUUGCCACCGCCACCACGACGGCGACGAGUACGACGAUGCCGUCGCCGGACGGCAGUAGAGGAGGAGGAGGGAAGCCCAAGAAAGGAUUGAAACGGUUCCCUCGUGUCUUGAAAGCCAUUCUCUUCGAGACCUCUCUGGCGAAGAAAAUUCGAAAGAGAAAAAACGCACAGAAAGGACUCAAAGGAGGUGGCAACGUCUACGCGACGACAGCUGGAAACGUGGACCCCACAAAACCAGGCAGCGGACGAGAACCACCAAUCCCAAACAAAAACGGCGCCGUAGAACUCAAUUCGUCGACCGCACCAUUGGCCGCCGUCGGCAGCAUGUCAUCAACCACCGUCGCCGGCAGCAACAACUCCUCCACCAACUCGAGUUCCUCCGUCGGCAGCAACCUGCCGCUGGAUGCGGCGGCGCCCGGGGAGAUCAUUCAGAAUGACGGGAAGAUUAGCAGCCCGACGGCGGCGGGGAAAGGGCGCCGGUACAGCUCCAACGUGGGGCUGUGUUCGGUUCUGGUGAGCCUUGUGGUGUUGGUGCUCUGGGGGAAGAUAUGUGCCAUUAUCUUCACGUCCACGUGGCUGUUUUUCGUGCCGCGUUGCAUUCCGGGCACCGCCGGCAGCCUGUCGAAGAUCGGUGCGUAUUGCAGGAAGAUCGAGCCGGAGGAGUACAAGAAGAAGGUGGCGGGGAAGGAAAUGUCGUAGAGAGAGAGAGACUGAUGAAUUGUUGGAGUAGAUGCGUUUCGUUGUAACUUGUAUUGUGUCAUAUUACAGGCAAACAUUAGAUUUGCGACGUGCAAAGUAGAAUUUUAUUAAUCAACGGUUGAAAUUUGUAUAGGUUUUUGGUUGAUUCUGUGACUAGGGAGGAGAAAUGGUUGUAACAUUGAAUCACUUUUAACAGUUUUAUUGAUUGAUUUGAAAUAGAUUAGGUGUUUUUUUUUUCGUGUACAAUUUGAAUAUGUAGCCAUUAAUAUAGGAAAUUCCAUAUUCUGAUAUGCAUACAACUAAUCGAAUUAGGAUUUCAUAUUCCAAUAAAUAUUAUUCGUGCAUUUUUACAUACUGCAGGCAUAGGUUAAUUGAGUUGGCAACUCCUUAAAAAUUUAUAAACAAUAAGCGGCAUUUAAUAACAUACUUAUAACUAUGAAUUGACAAAGAAAUUAAGAAUUAUUUUGUUGGGUCUAGUAUUAACCCGUCUAAUAAGGGCCCAAGCCCACCACAAAGCGUCUCACCUUGGGCCCAAACCCAUUCUAGGGUAUAGUACACCGGGAGGCGUCCAGUUCACCCGGGGGUGUCCACCACCGGGAGGCGUCCAUUCAUCGGAAGGCGUCCAUCGACGGGAGGCGUCCAUAGGAUGCAUCCGACUCCUAUAUAAGGAGGCCAGACCCUCCAAGCAAAGGGACUUCUUCUCUCCCUUCCCUCACUUUACCACUUAUGGUUCUAUCUCUAAACCUUAUCUCUCUCUACAUUCUCUACACUCUAUCAUAUAUCCUUACUGACUUGACCGUCGGAGUGUAGAUCUCGGGGGCCGCCCCCGACUCUCCACAGGAUUCUUCCACUCCUGAGAAGAUCAGACGAGGGAGUCCGGAUUAAGGUUCCACACAAAUCCCCCGGUACUAAUCCGGGUCAAACAAUGUUAACUCAAUCUUGUGACCAAGAUCACAUGUAUCAAUCUUUUUAUCUUUCUCAAAAAUAGCACUCCCCAUCACCAAAAGAUUCUCGUUCGAUUUUAUUAAAAUUUAUCUGAAAAU